UCUUCACGUUUCAAAAUCUACAUUAGACAUCUGUAAAUGUUGGCAUUAUGUCCGUCAGAUCGUUCAUGAGGAGGAAAGUUCAGAAAGAAAUCGAAAUUCAGGCUGUGAGACUUUGUGUUAAGUUUCAACUUGAGCCUUGACAUAAAAUGUGCAGAAGGAUCCCCUGUUCUUCAAUUCCUCAAGCACUCAACACUCGUGUGUUGGAAAUGUGUGUCAUUGUAUUUGUGUGUAUUGUGACCAGUCAGGCAGGAGUCAAAAUUAGGUAGGCUACACAUGCAGCUACUUCAUCUCCAAGGUUACUGACAACACCAAGUGUGAAGCAUUGCAAAUUAUUUGACUGCGGUUGUGAGGGACACACAAAAAAAAAAUAAUGUCACAACAAAAGUCCAGUUCCUCCUAUGUUGCCACUACAUUGGAAAAUGAUCCGCUGUCUGUCCCACACGACCACAGGAUACAAGAAGGACAGCCGCAGACUGUCAGUAACCCACGCACCUCUUGUAUGAGAGCUGCAGGAAUUCUGAGGUACAAACGGGAGUCUGACAACGACAGGAUAAACUUGCCAACCCUUCUCCCAGCGCAUUCUGUUGUCCAGCCUUCAACUGAAUACCCAGUACAGUGUGAGUACUGUGGGGGAAAGGCCAGACCCCCACUUAAUCCAACAUGCGUACAGGAGCCUGAGAAAACUCACUUCUGUUGUGUUCAGCGGCAGCAGCUGUAUCAGAUGCUGGUGAUAAUGAGACUUUUGUUUGAGGGGAGAAAUGACUUUUCUAAUCUGACUUCAAAUGAGGAAAAAUCCACACAAGAGACAGAGGACCCGGCUCCCCAAGGCAGGGAGAUGGAGGAUCACAACAAGUUUAUCAUGGACUUAGUAACUGGACUUGGAAUAGAAUCUGAACCAAAAGUCGCUGAGGAUUACUCUGUUAUUCUACCUGUAGCAGAGACCUCUGCCUCAAAACCGAACAUCCUCAGCUUCAGACUCUCCUGUGCUCCAGAAAAAGGAUACUGCACCGUGGAUCCGACUGAAAAGAGAUUUGCGCUGGAAGAGGAGCAAGUGUUGGCCUCCGUCUGUGAUCACAGGCCAACUCGGUUUGGCAUGUGUCAUCAUCAGGAGGGCACUGGAUUUCUGGAGAAGUAUUAUUCCAAUGGCAUGAAAUUUCUUACUGUGUUCCCUGAUGGCUCUGCUCAGGUCUUUUACCCCUCAGGCCUCCUGGCUCUCAUUGUCGUGGUCACUGAGCAAAAAGGGAGAGUCUGCAUUGUGUAUGACGACAGCAGUGACCCCAGCCAGCAGAUUAGAGCCGUGUUCCAGUCUGAUGGCGCUGCCACGUGUUACCAUAGUAAUGGAUUCAUAUGGCUGGCUUUAAACAGAUCUGGUGGUCAGUGUCUGAAUGAAUCAGGAGCCAGAAUUUGCCGAUGGAGCUGGGGCAGCGUGACCCUCACUCCCACCCCCCUGCAGCCCGUCUUCCUGUCCCUCAACAAAUCUGUCGGAGUGCGAGUCCUGGGGAUCACACAAGUGUUUGUGUCCUUCUUGGCAAAAGGACAACAGGCAAAGUUCAGUGUGGGUACCUGCUGUACUCAGGGUGAAUGUAAAGGGCAUGAACAUGUCUCUGGAGCAUCAUUACAGAAGGAGGAGCUGUUUGUGUUGGCAGCAAAGAUAAGAAUCCACAUGGCCUUUCAGCAUCUUCACCUACACCUGUUGACCCAGUCCCACCCCCAACCCCCAAAGGCCGCACUUACGCCUCAUCUCCAAGUUGCUGCCAGAAAGAUUUUGGAAGCCAGCACUGAUGUGGAAAUGAGUGACAGCGACCGAGCCUUCAUCCACAGGUGCCUUCAGGAUUGUUGAUGUAUCUGUAAUAAAGAACACUGCAGCACAAUGACAGCGGCUCACUCAGAGAUAUGAGAUCAAGUCAAACUUGACUUUUUGGUUUUUGUAUUAGGUUUGACAGAUUUUUCCCCUCAUGGAAUCUGAGAGACGAGUGCCAACACAUCAUCUUUAAACACUAAAGCAAAGACUUGAUUCAUUCCAUCUUAGAACUGCACUUCAAAGUACAUCUCCUGUCAGUGGUGUCAAUAUUACCACUGAUCGUGUAUAUUUCAAAGGAAAUAAGGAAGAAGUAACAUUGACCAUCUUGUCACAGUACGACGUUCUACAGGGAAUCUUUUGGACCUGGCAUUCAUGUGGAUGUUACUUAGGCAUGAACCACCCAUCUAGAGCAGAGGACCAGGGACCCCCACCCCACAGCAAUGACACUCCCUGAUGGCCCCAGUCAUCCCCAGCAGGAUGCAGCCUGACACAGACGCACACAAUUUAAGAACUCAAAAAACAUGAAAAACAGCACAAGGUGUUGACCACAGAGACCCCUCCCCUGAACCCACAGGCCCCCACUGACGUCCCGUUUCCCCGACACCACAGGACACCCUCAGAAGACCCAUGUCCAUUUUCUGAUGAGUCACAACUAUUUCGGAGACACAAGGGAGACCUACACAAUAUAAAGAAGCUGAUCGUAAUGUUUUGCAUGUUUUGGUUUAUCUGCCAUGUCUGAUUUUACAAAUAAAAAUGCUUAGGUGUUACAGGAACUCACAAUGACGUAUCUCAAUUGUGUUGUUAUACUGCUGCACUGUCUUCCACUAUACUUGUGUCUCAUCCUUUUUGCUCAUGUAAUCAAAUCACUGUGGAGCCUGAAGAUUUUGUGAUAACAUUAGGUUGAGCCUGGGGCCAAAUGAUCACAACCUGGCAGCUUUUAUAGCCAACGCAUUCACAUCCCUUUCUAAGAUUCUGCUCCAGUUUUUCUUGCUGCAUAAGCUUAAUAAAACAUCUAAUAAGAACUGGCCUAUUAUCCACUUCAAACCACUGUCUCAUCUGAAAGAAUUGAUUUCCUCUCACUCAGGUAACCAAGAUAAUCAGUAAAUCAACACAGCUUCAUAUUUAAAUAGUUACAAUAUGUUUUAUUAAUCUUCUUAGCUUCCUCCAAGGUAUGUAAAUAUAAAAAUUAUUCAGAAAUCAUACCAAGACACAUUUUCCCAAUGUCACAACAGUGAUUACAGAUUUUAAGUGUUGCAUUUUCUACAU